UCCAUCCCUGUCUGGCUCCGGGAAGCGCCGCCCGCCCGAGCCCCCGCUGGCGGCUCGGGUGGCAGGUUUACAGAGCCCGCUCCGGCGUGCAGUACAUAGAUGAUUACGUAUCUAGAGAGAGAUGUACAUAAAAGGGUACUUACGCUGACCUCAUUAUGAGAAACGAGCCAAUUCCUGCUUGCAAAGGGAAUGUUUUAUGUGCAGGCACGCGAUGCUCCGGUGCUGGCUGUGACAGACCCCGGCGGGGCGCGGAGGUGCCCGACCUCCCCAAAAGAAGAGACUGGCCCGGGGGUCCCCCGGCUCUGCAGCAAGCUGCUCACCUGCAAGAGCACACCAUGCCCCGGCCCUGCCGAGGAUCCCGCGGCAGCACGUUGGAUCCCAAGGAGGAAUGCUUUACAGAGAAAUCAGUGCUUGCCCAGCCAACAUUUAUUUUUGAAAAGAAGGACCGUUCUUUGAAGCGACCUGCAGAAGACCCAGUUUGCAAAGGUGAAAAUGGUAAUCACCACCUCGCUGAAACAGAUUUCAUUAGCUGUUCCAGAAAACGUGCAAGAUCAUCAUCUUUGACUUUCCAGAAGUCUGACUCUCAGUCUGACACUGAUACAGCUCUCACACAGCAAAGAGGGAGAUCAUCUUCAUUUAACAUUCUUCCUACUUUCCCUCCCUCCCAAACAGUAAAGAAGAAUAACAUAUUCAUGACCUCAUCUCUUCUUCAAAGAAAUCCUGACAUCGUCAAAAGUACAAGGGAAGGAUCCUUGUCACCAAGUCAAUUGUGGAAUGUUAUUAGACCUGCCACUUUACAGCCCCCACAAGCCCUGACCUGUCCUGAAAUUCCUGUAGUAUGUCUAAUGACUAAGAAAGAAGCAUGUGUUCAGCUAUCUGAAGACAGCUCUUAUUCAUCCAAUGAGAAUUCAGUAAAUUCCAAAACAGCAGUGGGGCCAUCUUCCAGCUCUCAAAAAACACAAAGUCAGUUGCUCAAAGAAAGAAGUAUACAAAACAGCAGCAAUUCUGAUUUUGUGUUUGGGGAAAACAUGGUUGAAAGAGUUUUGGUUGGAUCUGCACACACUGGCAGACUUUUUAUCAAGAGUCCUGAGAGGCAUCCCAAGCUGUGUAAUGAAGCUGAUUUACACAAAGGAGAAAUAACAUCCAUGUCCACGGGAUCAUCUCAUGUCAGGCCACAAACAAAAAGACCUUUGUUGAGGAAUGCAACACUAAUUGAAUCAGCAGCUGCUUGUGUUUCCAAGCCAGUGGACAAAAUCCUGUUAGAUAAAGUUGAAGUUAUAACUGGAGAAGAAGCAGAACAAAAUGUAUUGCAGAUUAACUGCAAGCUCUUUGUAUUUAAUAAGCUUUCUUUAAGCUGGACUGAAAGAGGCAGAGGAUCGCUGAGGCUUAAUGACACUUCUAGCAAUAAGCAUGGAAUGUUGCAGUCAAGGCUAAUUAUGCGAAAUCAAGGUAGCUUGAGACUGAUACUCAACACACAACUCUGGGAACAAAUGGUUAUAAAAAGAGCAAACAGAAAGAGCCUGUGCUUCACUGCAACAGAUCAAGAGGACCAUUCAGUUCAAGUAUUUCUAACUCAGGCAAGCUCGACAGACACUGAACACCUGUAUGCAGCAAUACAUCAUCGCCUUGUGGCCCUGCGAAGCUUUGCUGAGCAAAAGCCAGAUGCUCAUCAAGGAGACACAGAGUCAGAAACAGCUUUUCAGCCAUUUAACUGUGAUAGUGAUGAUGAGGAUGAUGAAGAACUAACUCAAGUGAGCAGUACUGGAUCCGAUGAGUCAAAGUCACAGAGAUUACGCACCAAAACCACUUUCUCAUAACCAAUGAGCUGUUUGAAGGUAUGUUGGAUUUCUCACAGUUUUCUGAACAUCUGUAAUGAAGUCUUAAAGCAGUGUACCCUGUGAGAUAAUUUGCAUCCCAGUACAUUGCCCUACCUAGACAUCAGACUCCUUAGUGUUUUUGUGCUUGUCUUUAUUGACUUGGAGGGUCACAGGCUUCAUUCAUGAGUCACAUGCUCAAAUAUUUGUGAAUAAUCCUCUGUUAUCUAGUUACCUAUUUACCUAAACCAGGAACUGAUCAUAUCCAAACUUUAACCUACUGCUUUGUAUUAUGAAAUGCUGGAUUGUUUCAAAACAUGAAUAUGCUCAAAUAAGCAAGAUUUUUUUUCAAUAAAUUCUUUUUCAGAUCAUUCUAGAUGGAACCGCAGGCAGUCUGUUGUCUGCUCAUGAUAUCUGCCAGAAGUUACAACAGCUCAGCUGGGAACUCAUCUUCCCAAAAUGUCUAAGCUGACUUAUCAACCCCUGGAGGGAGGAAAUCAGAUGCAUAUUACUUUAUUACUUUUAAGUAGAGAUUAAUUUUAGAGACAGCUUAAGUUUAAUUCAUUGAGAAAGAACUUCAGAUGCACUAUUGAGGAUUCCAGGCAGCCUGCUUUGCACUGAGCUGUGAAUAACACCAUGGCUUCCAAUAGUCAAGAACUGUUAUAAAGUCUUUCAAUUUUAGAAUUAAAUAUAUUUAGAUGCAUUAUUAGAGCGAGGAAUUUUAUAGGGAAUAAGUACUUGUUCAUCAUAUUGAUGGAUAAUACCACAUAAGCAUGAACUAAUAAUAUAUGUAAACAGAUAUUUGUUACUUUUAAUCUAUUAUUUAAAAGAUACAUUUGGAAAACUUUAAAUUUUGCUUCACUGAAAACAUUUAUUUAAAAUUGUGUGGUAAUAUUCAGCAUCCUAUUUGUAAGUACAUGCAAGCAAAACCUGGGGUGGCAGUUUAGCAUGACCAAGGCCUAUAGAAACUAGCCCCUAUAGAAACCCCCUACAUAUUUAUUUUGAAAAUAUCUGGAGUGGUAUACUUUCUGCAGAAUUUUGUUUAAGGAAAAAGAACCAUGAUCUGCAUCUUUCAGCUGUAUGCACUAAUAGAAUUCACCAUGAGGAAGUAAAAGUUCAUUCUAAGGGCUAUAUCAGCUUUAAAAUUUAAAGUAUAACUGCUUGCUCAUGAACACCUUUCUAGCUGAACAAAACAAACACCUGCACUUGUGUAUAUUAAUUGUCCAUUUGAUAUACACAAAUAAAUGCAUGCACAGUACAACAGGAUAUCUACAUUAAAAAAUCCCUUAAAUGUGUGAGAUUAUCUAAGAUUACUUCUGCCUUAGCUGUAGCUAUUCCUAAGAGCGUCAUUCAUGAGUGUGUUACACAUUCUCAUGUGCACGAUAAUCCUGACUGUGGCCAAGACACAGUUGCUCUGUAAAAGUCAUUUAAUAAACUAAUGCCUUCUACCUAAACAUUUUUGUGAGAAAAAAACUCCAAUUCACCUGUGAAUCGAGACUUGCAGGGUCAUUCAUAAGCCCAUGCACAGUAAGAUACACCACUUAUGUUCCAUGUUUUCAUUCUGUCAAAAAUAGAAUUUGUCUGCAAUCUCUCCACUGCCACUUCCCUGAAGUCCUGCAUAUUGUUUGUCAUCCUCAGAGCUGAAACAAUGUUCUGAAAUAUAUCAAGUCCUUUUAAUUAAGGUAAUUGCAAUGAUUUCUCAAUCUAAAAAGCUGCAACACACCUGAUCAGUCAAGUUACAAGUUAGUUUUCCCACCUGAACAUGGUAUGAAGUUCGAACAAUACUUAGUUUCUUCCUGAAUUCUCAGUGCACUGCCAAUAUUAGUAUCCAGAUGAAGCUCAAAUAGUUGUCUGGAUUACACUGAAUGUAAUGGCUCACCAAAAUUAGCACUUGCCUGACAUUGAUUGAGCAUCUGGAUGUCAGUAAAUUUAAGUACAACUUGAACUUUUUCUGCCUUCAGGAAAAAGGGAGUGCUUCCCAACAGAGCACCUGUGUCAAACAGUGAAGCAUGGGGAUUUUCUUUUAUUCCACUCUGCCAAUAAUAAAAAUAUUGUUUCCAUAAUGUACAUUGUGUCCUUUGUUAUCAGCCUCACUCCUGACUGCAACAAUAUUUACAUCACUGACCUUCAUAUUUCAUUGCUGCAACUCAUCCCCAGGGACAAAGCUCCAUGUUAUAAAAACUCAGGCAGUUGUAAAACACAGCAGUCCUAUGUAUUUAGCAACAGGUCAUGGUGAUAUGUUUGCCCUGGAGUUCAGCUGGCUAUGCGCUGAAUGCAGAGUUUGAUUUCAAAGUCUGUCCUGAUAAUCAAAGCUUUCUGUGAAACAGGAUUUAAGCACCUUAAUAACAUGAUACCCCUCUGAAUUCUACUACAGCUGUAAAAUCCUUGGUAAAUGAGGGAGGUUUCCAGGGCAGGGAUAACAAAACUUUUUCAGACAGGACUUAAACUUUGUCAUAUGCUCCCACAGCAUACAAGGCUUAUAAAUAAAAGCUAUUUUGAUUUGUCUCUUCCCAAUAUCCUUACAUGUAUACACAAGUAUACAUAUAAAGACACACACUCAUGUGCACACACACUCAAACAAGAUGCUUCAUCUCCCAAAAGCUGAGGAGGAAAAGAGAUGCAUAUUUUAAAGCCAUUGGAUACUUUGUUAAGAGAGGAAAAAAUUUUUGCUCUUAAGAACCUAAUUAUGUGUUCUCUUUAGUCUCACUGCACUAAAGUUCACUGUUCCUCAAGCCUGAAGGUACACCAUUGUGUAAUGUAUUAAGCUGGUUUUAAAAAUGUAAUUUGUCAUUUUAUGACAGCUGGAGAGCAACUUCCGUACCUCAACAAUAAACAAUUUUCUUACCACUUAAAUUUCUGUGGAACUAGGAGUCUUAUUUUGUGUCCCAGUUAGGGCUUCCAUGAGUUAGAGUUCCAUGCUGCAGAAUCUCAAGCCUGCUUUCCUGA